UCACAGUCGCCUCCUAACUGCAAACUUGCAUCACCUUCAUACUCGUCACCGCCUCUUUGAUUUAACGAUCAGCUAUCCUUGUGUCUUACACUAUCUCAACCAUCCCGUAAUCCCACGGCUCGAAACACCAAGAUACUGCGAGUCUGCGUUUGCUCCGUUACUGGCAGAUUGCUGAAGCCCGUCUUCUGGGCACCCGUAUAACAACUCUUCACAGUGGAUAGAUUCGUCGGAUCCAGGCUUGACCAAUUUCGUCGGUGUGUCUUGAACAAGGGCAGGAGGAUGUCGACUGCGGAGGGCGUCAUGACGCCAAACCAUGAUGCAACUCAAACUGGCACGCCAUCCCGAAAGGCUGCGCAAAGCCCUCCGCGAGACGAUGUUUGUUGCAUCUUCGUUCACGCCGGUGCUGGAUACCAUAGUAUCCAGAACGAGAGGAUACAUCUUGAGGCGUGCAACGACGCAGCCCAAAUCGCAAUGUUGGUCCUCCGAAACGGUGGAUCAGCCGUGGAUGCUGUCGAAAUCGCGAUCAAGAUGCUCGAGGAUCGAGAGAUCACGAACGCUGGGUACGGCAGCAACCUAGCCAUGGACGGGGUUGUGGAAUGUGACGCUUCCAUUGUGGACCAUCAUGGCCGCAGUGGAGCAGUCGGUGCCGUUGCUCAGGUGAAGAAUCCCAUAUCCUUAGCACGACUUGUUCUCGACCACAGUAUGCAGACGCUUACCCUACGACGCGUGCCUCCAAACCUAUUAGUGGCUCAAGGAGCAACCGAUUUCGCUUUCGAAAUGGGAAUGCCGAUUCUUCCCUUCGAUGCACUUGUUUCUCCGGCCGCACACGAAAGGUGGCUGCGAUGGCGAGCCGAUCUAAAGUCCGCGGAACGCAAGGCAAAGAAGUCUGGCCAACCAUCCUCCACAUACAAGAUUCGUAAAGACCCAGCGCCCGAGGACGAACGAAUUCGUCAGAGAAUGCGCCAGCAACAUGAGAAACUGAUGUUGCAAAACAGCCCUUACGAUAAUCCGCGACUGUACGCCAUGCAAGCCAGCUCGAUUGGCCCUCCCAACCCCAGAGUGCCCUCUGAUGCUCCCUCAGUGAUUUCAGGCGCGUCUUUGCCCCGUGACAAUCCGAUGGCAACCCCUGACCCCUCACCGUCGGACAUGCAGCAGGAGCCCGCACUCAAUGCAAAUCCCAACACUGUGUCAGAAUCUUCGCGGAGUGCCUUUAUUAAUAGCACUCAGAAGGUUCCCACUUUGAACACGUUACAGAAACAUAAAGCGCUUGAUCGUCUGUCCGGAGACUUCAUAACAGAGGACGACACAAAAAUGUCUGAUAUCAGCAUAUCCGUAAUUCCAAGGCCAGCUCCUUCCCCGGCUCGCAGGUCCUAUGGUGACGGUUCUGAUGAAACCCUCGCAUCUUCAAAUGGAACGACGCCGGUGGAGUCAGUUACAUUGCCCUUGUCGCUCACUGCUAUAAAUACCCCAUUGCCCGAAAGGCCCCUGGAAAGGCUACAGGAUUGUCCGACGCCUUCCAGCGGAUGUACACCUGUCAAUCCCGUCAAGGAAAAUGCUCCGCUACCGCCUCUGCCAUCCACUGAAUCCCUGAGAAAGGAAUUUGAGGAGGACAACAUCACAGACACGGUGGGCGCCAUAGCUAUCGAUAGCUGGGGCAAUAUCGCAUGCGGUGCUUCAUCAGGCGGAAUUGGAAUGAAGUACAGAGGGCGCGUGGGCCCAGCCGCGCUCGUGGGUGUUGGUACAGCUGUUAUACCUGUGGAUCCUGAAGACCCUGAGCGUGCCUGCGUUGCGACAGUUACGAGCGGCACCGGGGAGCAUAUGGCUACAACCAUGGCUGCAACAGUCUGCGCCGAUCGCCUCUACCAAAGCAUCCGCAAGGGCCGUGGGGGGAUAUACGAGGACGUCACGGAAGACGAAGCGUUAAAGGCUAUGAUUGAGAACGACUUCAUGGGCCAUCCGAGUGUAAAGAACAGCAAAUCAGCGGGCGCGAUAGGCAUCCUCGCAGUCAAGAAAGUCCGUGAGGGCAUCUUCCUCUACUUCGGACACAAUACGGACUCCUUUGCCAUGGCUUCGAUGCAUUCGGACGAAGCAACUCCUUGGUGUGCCAUGUCCCGAAGUAGCGGCAACGGGCGAAUUGCACAAGGCGGCCGCAUGCUACGGUAUAAGACGAAGAAAAGAAGAUGUGUUGCAGCAUCCACGAAUGAUAGCUGAUGCUGAUGGUCAUGUCACUGCUUUCCAUUGCCCCGAUUGACCCUACCCGACGUCGACGACCCAGAUAUGCUUACGAUUCCGGCAAGCCCUUUGAGAUAUCGAUACGGCUCGAUCACGAGCUACAGCUCCCCCUGCACUCCUCGUCAUGUGGCCAUUCAACUCCACUUGACUCCGUGGUUCGAACGGCUUGGUGUUCCACUUU